AUGAAUCAAUUGGUUGAUGAGUUUGAGCUACUGAUCUUAAAAGAUCCAUAUGAUAGUAGUAAUUAUGAUAAAGCUUUAGGUGCUCUCGUAACAUUUCCCGAAAGAGCCCUAGCUAUUAAUAAAGUAUACCUGAAGAAAAUUGAAUAUUUUAGGUUAACCCAAUCUGAAUUGAACCAUUGGCUUUUCGAGUUGAGAGGAGUGGAAAAUGUUAACGAGAGGUUGCAUUUGGAGUACGUGUUUUACCAAACAGUUAUUGAGGAUUAUAAUAUUGUUCCAAUUGUCCAGAGCUUUCUUGUGUUAGCUCAGCAAUUGCUUAAUGAAGAAAGAAUAACUCAACAUGAAUUUAGAAAGAUUCUUUCAAAGUCUCUUGGCGUUUGCUCUUAUGAUUUUCGACUGGGCAAUGCAAUCUGGACAGUUGCCUUAUCCUACUUUGAGCUGGUAUAUCUCAAGUCACAAGCCUCAAGUGACCUCGAUACGUUAAUCACAUUACAUAAAAAGAGGCUAACUUGUCCCCAUGUGGAGCUCGAAAACUCGUUUCAAGAAUACUCCUCCCUUAUAAGUAAGUAUAUGCCCGAGUAUUACGAAGAGCAAAUGGGGAUUGCGAACGGCAUAUUCAGUGCCACUAAAUCAAAGAUGAAGUAUUAUGAAAAAUACGAGUCUGAAAUUCAAAAAUCCCCCUUGGAUUGCACCCCAUGGGUUGAAUACAUGGAAGGUGUGUUUAAAUAUCUGAAUAAUAUAAAGCCUGUCAUGGCGAUUUUCGAGAGAUCAAUACAAGGUGACGUUGCGUUUUUAAGCAAAUGGCAGCAAGUUUGGCUAGCAUUUAUUCAUAUGAUCGAUGGUGGUGGUGGUAAUGAUGAUGGUGAUGAUGAUGAAAAAGAUGCUAAAGAGAAUGAGCUCAAAACUUCAAUACUAGCCAAAUAUGUACGAACAUUCCCCAAUUCGUGCCAUGCCUACUCUGAAAGUAUAAGAAAUUGUAUCUUAUCCACCGAGUCUGGUUGUAAAACGCUAGAAGAAAUUCAAAGAAGGAUAAAGUCGGUUGAUUUGACGCAUACCUCAGAUUAUAAUGACUGGAAAUUAGUAGCAACGGCGUUGAUACAUGUCAAGUAUCAGAAGUUAUUGUAUUCAUCAACUGCACUUGUAGAAACAAACGAGCUUAUGACUGAAAUGGUUUUACAUUUUGAUUUUGCUUUGGAGAAUACCGAUAAGCUGCAUUUGGUUGAGAGAUUGGUUAUAUCCAUUUGCAAAAAGCUAGGUAAGAUUGAUAAUUUGAUGGACUUAUUGGAAAGACUAUACAAGAAGUUUGCCAAUGAGUCAGAGGUAUGGCUAUAUGUGAUUCGAGUAAUAUCUGAUCUCGGUAAGAAUGCAACUUACAUGCGAUACAUAUACAAGAAAGCUAUGAAUUCAAAUUUGGAUGAUCCAGAGAAAGUGGCAGAGGAAUGGCUCUUAUAUGAACAAGUCAACGGGAACAUGACGUCAUACAAGGAAGCUGUGGCAAAAUGUAGAAAUGUUGUUGCUGUCCUAGCUGGAAAAGCAAGUCAAUUUGAAAAAACAUCUCGCAAAAGAAGUCGUGACAUUAUCUCUGCCGAACUAUCUAGAUCGAGAGAGGAAUACACUGUUCAAGUAAGCGAUCUUCCGAAAAACACAACAGCAGAUGAUUUAAAGAAACUUUUUGAGGAUUGCGGUACAAUCAGGGACUUGACGAUUAUGGAUGUAGACGAUGAAAAACAAGCAAUGAUUGAAUUUUCUAGUGAGCUCGAUGUGUUUGCGGCUCUUACUAGGAGCCGUAAGUAUAUUGGAGAUCGAGAAAUAACCAUUAAUCAAGUUCAAAAAAGCUUGUUAUUCGUCAACAAUUAUCCAAGCACUUAUAGUCAAUUAGAUGUGAGGGAAGUGUUUGAACGAGUAGGACCGCUUGUAAGCUGCAGGUUUCCUUCACAGAUUUCCAACAAGGUACGAAGAUUCUGUUAUAUCCAAUAUGUCAAUGCCAAUGAUGCUCAAAGAGCAAUAGGUUUGUAUAAUGGUCAAACUUACUGGGACGAGAAUUUAAAUCGCGAGUUAACGUGGGAAGUCAAGUAUUCAAAGCCCCAAGAGAGAAAAGAACGUUCAAGUCCAAUUUCCGAGAGAAAAAUUAGAGUAACCAAUAUCAAUUUUUCAAUAACGGAGGAGGAGUUGAGAAGAGAGUUUUCUGAGUGCGGCGAGAUUGAACUGAUUGUGCUUCCAAAGGCUGUUUUUGACACCAAGAGAAAGAUUAUGAAACAAAAUGGUGGAACAGCGAUAAUAGCUUUUCGAGAUGUUUUCAGUGUUGAAAGAGCAUUAAAGAAAAACGGCACUAACUUGAAGGGAAGAGAAAUCAAUGUUCGACAACAAGCAGCGCAUUCAAGUAGGACGCCUGAAGACUUCGACGAGCUUAAAACUGUUGGAUUAAUAAAUUUAGAUCCUUCGCUCAAUACAUUUCAAGUGAAAAACUAUCUUGAGCAGGCUUUUGGACAUAUCUCGAAAAUCCUUUUAAUCCCCGAAGCAAAAGUAGGUUUGGUUGAGUUUGCUUCCGUUCAAGAUGCAGGUAAGUUAGGAUUGAAGAGUACUUGUAUUAAAAUCGAUAAUUACGAAAUACAAACUGGAACAAAAACAGAUGUCCUUCUGCUAAUCAAUAUAGCAGAGACCGAGUCCAAUAAGUCUAGCUUGGCAGCAGCUCCAGAAACCUCAUCAGCUUUACCAGCGAUAUCUUUAAUGCCAACUUCAUUAAAACGUAGAAGGAUAUAA